AUGUCUAGCGGCGCUCUAAUGGAGUUCAGCGAGUAUAAAGUGGAGACCCACGCGAGGGAGACGGAUCUCUCCGUGGUGUACAACAUCGACCCGGCCGUGAGUUCCAGCGCCGCCGCUGGCCCUGCCUCGCCAUCCCGGACCUCGCCGCCGCUGGCUAGGCCGUCGCCGCCGCCGAUCCCGACUCCCGCAUCAGCCCUACUUCCUCCCGAAGCUCCAGCGCCUCCCCUUCCCUCCCGCAGCUGCAGCGCCUCCCCUCCCUCCAGAAGCCGCGCUGCGCCCCUCUGCACCAGCUGCGGACGGCGCCUCCCCCUCCCUCCCGAAGCUCCAGCUGGACGGCCACCACUCCACCUAGAGGCAACAGCUGCCGGUUGUGCAGCCACGAACACCAAGACUGCUAUCAAAAUCAUCUCAUAUGGACACAACAGCUGGGUCAAGACGAGCGCAAACCUUAUGCUACUCCUGACCAUCACCUUCCUUUUGCUACCGUCAGAUACUUCAGCAGCAGGGUGGAAUGGUUGCAAGUCAUUUGUCAUUGGUCCGAUAGAGGAAGCAUGUACCCGCAAGGAAUGCACCUUCGCAUGCCAAGAUGGGUUCACUAAGUUGGGUCACUGCAAAGACGGUGUUGUUAAGUGUGGUUGGAAAUCCAACUGUGUUCUGCUGGAUGUAACUGCACUCUAUGCGGAGAUUUCAACCGUCCAUCCAUAUAACUUGGGAACAAAUAACAAGUACCUAGGGAACAAUUCCAUGUUUACUACGUAGAAUAAGAGCCACACUGAAGUGGCUGAGCAACGAGUGUUUGCUUUGAAAACUAUAUGGAGGCUUAAAUGUUUAAUUUUCAUGUAUGUU